AUGUCCGUACCAUCGAUGGAUGAUGACUUCAUCUACAGCGAUGCUACCAUUGGCGAUGAGGAUAUGUUUGCGACCGGUGGUGCUUCGCAACUGAGCAUAUUUAACAGUGAAGUGCUGCAAACACACAUUAUGCAGUUCGUCGAUGAGGUGAUCGAUGACAACCUCGCACUGACUACCUUAUCGCAGGAAACUCUGCCUGACAUAAAGCUGUCCCUGCCAAGCGCACUGAAUCCGACCGGCAAAUAUCCUUCCGCGGACGAGUUCUGUCACGAGGACGUAUCGUGUACGGUGGUGCCAUCCAGCAAGCAGGGCAGUGGCUUCAUUUACUCCCAGCAGCUGCAGAAAAUGUACCUUAAAACGGACAGCAUCUGCUCGUUUGACGUCAAGUGUGAGCUGCUGGGCAGUUCGCUUACGCCACGCGACUGGAGCGUGCGCGUAAUGCUGGUAUCGCUCGCACCGGAAUCACAGCACGAACCGAUCAUGCGCUGCCACAACCAUCUAGCCAAAGAUAAUGGACCGGAACGCGUCAAGAAGUACGUGGUGCGCUGUAAGAACGUCCAGCACGAGUACGUCGGGGAGGCCAAUGGGCCAUUCUUUGAGGAUCGCUGUGCGGUGCUGGUGCCGCUCGAUCCGGACGAACUGAGCGUAAAGAUAAUGCUGCAGUUUGUGUGUCAGAAUACGUGCUUUAACGUGAACCAACGGCGUACCGCGCUGGUAUUUACGCUGGAAAACAGCGAAGGGCUUGUUUGGGCGAGGCGUGUCGUGCAGGUUAAGGUAUGCAUCAACUAUCGGCGCGAUAUGCAGAACGAGGAGAAUGCGACCAGAAACAGUACCACCAAUCUUUCGUGCCUUGCUGGACCGAGCAGUACCGGUAGUAAUGGGGCGAUGACGAUGGCCCGGCGGCGGAAUAAAACGAGCUUCACGCGCAAACGACGGCAACCGGUUGUAAAGGUAGAGGGUACUGCCGGGAGUGGUCCUAAAGUGAUGCGCACAACAGCAACAACAACAGCUUCAUUCCAGCCACUGCCGAGCUUUGAACCGUGCCUGGUUGAAUUUGAAAUGCCCAACAUACGCAUGGCCAAGCGCGUGAUGGACAAUGCAAUCGGUAUGCUGUCGAUGCAGGUUUUGCGGGUUCAGGGCGAUCGGUAUACGACGGACAAGCUGAUGGAGUAUAUCAACAACAUUCGAACGAAACGUGAUAUGCUGACGGCGUACAACAGUCAGUGUAGUGUGGACAGUGACCUGCUUAACAUUUAA